GUCUUCUGCUCAUCUUCCCUCCAAAGUCGAAUCUUUAAUAUCCUUCAAUUGUAAUAAUAGCGCCCUUGUGUCCCUUUUUCUUCAUCCUCAUCUCAUAAUGCAACGCGCAUUAACACAAAGGGCUCGGGCUUCGGUCCUCUCGGCAUCAGCUGUGUCGAAACUGCGUCCAGCUGCCAGUGUCAACACCCAGCAGCUUCGAUUUGCACACAAGGAGCUCAAGUUUGGUGUCGAUGCCCGCGCAUCCCUUUUGACCGGUGUUGAGACUUUGGCCAAGGCGGUUGCUACCACCCUCGGACCGAAGGGUCGCAAUGUCCUGAUCGAGUCGAGCUACGGAUCUCCAAAGAUUACCAAGGGUAUGAUAUCUAACGGCCAAACAUAUCCCGAGCAGCUGCUAACGACAGGUAGAUGGUGUCACCGUUGCCAGGGCCAUCACCCUCCAGGACAAGUUCGAAAACCUCGGCGCCCGCCUGCUCCAAGACGUCGCGUCGAAGACCAACGAGACUGCUGGUGACGGAACCACAUCUGCCACCGUUCUCGCAAGGGCAAUCUUUUCCGAGACCGUCAAGAACGUUGCUGCUGGAUGCAACCCAAUGGAUCUCCGUAGGGGAACACAAGCCGCCGUCGAGGCCGUCGUCGAGUACCUCCAGGCAAACAAGCGCGAUGUCACCACUAGCGCCGAGAUCGCACAGGUUGCUACUAUCUCCGCCAACGGUGACCAGCACAUUGGUGCCCUCAUCGCCAGCGCAAUGGAGAAGGUUGGCAAGGAGGGUGUCAUCACCGUCAAGGAGGGCAAGACCAUGGAGGACGAGCUGUCCGUUACCGAGGGUAUGCGCUUCGACCGCGGUUUCGUCUCCCCAUACUUCAUCACCGACACCAAGGCCCAGAAGGUCGAGUUCGAGAAGCCAUUGAUCCUGCUCUCCGAGAAGAAGAUCUCGGCCGUCCAGGACAUCAUCCCAGCCCUUGAGGCCUCCACCCAACUCCGCAGGCCCCUUGUCAUCAUCGCUGAGGACAUUGACGGUGAGGCUCUCGCCGUCUGCAUCCUCAACAAGCUCCGUGGCCAACUCCAGGUUGCCGCUGUCAAGGCCCCUGGUUUCGGAGACAACCGCAAGUCCAUCCUCGGCGAUAUCGGUAUCCUCACCAACUCCACCGUCUUCACCGAUGAGCUUGACAUCAAGCUCGAGAAGGCGACGGCUGACAUGCUCGGCUCCACCGGUUCCAUCACCAUCACCAAGGAGGACACCAUCAUCCUCAACGGCGAUGGCAGCAAGGAUUCCAUCAGCCAGCGCUGCGAGCAGAUCCGCGGUGUCAUUAACGACCCAACCACCACGGACUACGAGAAGGAGAAGCUGCAGGAACGCCUCGCCAAGCUCUCUGGCGGUGUUGCCGUCAUCAAGGUCGGUGGUUCGUCUGAGGUCGAGGUCGGCGAGAAGAAGGACCGUUACGUCGACGCUCUGAAUGCCACCCGCGCGGCUGUCGAGCUGGGCAUCCUGCCAGGUGGCGGAACUGCGCUGCUCAAGGCUGCGGCCAACGCGCUCGGCAACGUCAAGCCCGCCAACUUCGACCAGCAGCUUGGUGUCUCGAUCAUUAAGAACGCCAUCACCAAGCCAGCUCGCACCAUUGUCGAGAACGCUGGUCUCGAGGGAUCCGUCAUCGUCGGCAAGCUCAUGGAUGAGUUCAAGGGCGAGUUCAACAAGGGCUUCAACUCCGCGACUGGGGAGUACGUCGAUAUGAUUGAGGCUGGUAUCUUGGAUCCUUUCAAGGUUGUCCGCACUGGUCUGGUUGACGCCUCGGGAGUCGCAUCUCUGCUCGGUACGACUGAGGUCGCCAUCGUCGAGGGCGAGGACAAGUCUGGCGGCCCACCAAUGGGCGGCAUGGGUGGCGGCAUGGGAGGCAUGGGCGGCAUGGGCGGAAUGAUUGUCCAAGUUUCGCAAGAAUGCGUCAGCAAGUUCAACGAACUCAAGCUCGGCAAAACCAUCAAAUACAUCAUCUACAAGCUCUCUGAUGACAACAAGGAGAUCGUGGUCGAGGAUACCUCUGAAGACGCUGACUGGGAUGGCUUCCGCGAGAAGCUUAUCAACGCCAAGUCCAAGACCAAGAGCGGUGCGCUGACCAAGGGCCCACGAUACGCCGUGUACGACUUUGCCUACGACCUGUCGUCUGGCGAGGGUUCGAGAAGCAAGAUUACCUUCAUUGCAUGGUCUCCUGAUGAUGCUGGAAUCCAGCCCAAGAUGGUUUACGCCUCCUCCAAGGACGCCCUCAAGCGCUCCCUCAACGGCAUCGCGGCCGAGUUCCAAGCCAACGAUGAGGACGACAUCGAGUACGCCAGCGUGCUCAACAAAGUCUCCAAGGGUCUCGCGUAA